AUGCCCGUUACUGAAAACCGCUACCUAUAUUGGAAGCGACGUGUCAAUGGUUCAUCGAUGUUAGCAAUAUUGGUCUUCUUCUUCUUUUUCGUAUUCUUUUUCUUCUUAUCUUUCUUCUAUUCCUUUUUUCAUCUUCUUCUUCUUCUUCUUCUUCUUCUUCUUCUUCUUCUUCUCUCUUUUUCUUCUUCUUUUUCUCCUUCUGAUUCUUCUGCUCUUUUCUUCUUCUAUUCCCACCUUCCUUUUUUUCUUUUACUUCGUUUUUUACUUCUUAUUUUCUUCUUUUUUUUCUUUUUCUUCUUCCUCUAUUUCCAUAUUCGUUUUCUUCUUCUUCGCUUUCUUCUUCUUCUUCUUCUUCUUCCGCUUCCUUUUCGUCUUCUUUUUCUCCUCAUCCUUCUUCUUUUUCUUCUUCUUAUUGUUUCUUCUUUUUCUUUUUUCCUACUUCUUUUCUCUUCCUCCUUUUCUUCUUCUUUUCUUCUUUUUAUAUUUCCACCUUUUGUUUCCUUCUCCUCCCCCUCCUUCUUGUUCUUGUUCUUCUUCUACUUUCCUUUUCUUCUUCUUCUGCCUACGUUUUCUUUACGUCUUCUUUUCAUUUACUUUUUAACCUUAACCACUCUACCUAAGCAGACAUUCAAUUGUUCCUCCUUUCUUCUCUCCCCCAUGAAGCAACACUGA